CUGAAUCCACCGCCGAGCAACGGAUUGCGGCGGCCAUCGAUUCCCUCGGCUUGUCCUGCCACCCCCGUCCCACGCACGUCCCGGUCCCGGUCCCGGUCCCGGGAUGUAGGAGGACGAGCGGCCGAAGGUACCCAGCCAUCGCCGCCGCCACGUCUCCCGGCGCGGCCGCCUAUCGCCUGCAAGGGCGGGCGCAGCCGCCGGCGCGGCCGUGUGGCUGCAGGCGUUCCUCGGGGAGCCCAGGAAGGGGCACGGCUGUUCCCCGCCUGCCCCCCCGCCGCCGGUCCCGCCCGGCUCUCCGUGCCUUUAGCGUGUGCCUGCCCGUCCCGCGGGGCCAUGGAGCGCGCGUUCACGCCGCUGGAAUGCCUCCUGCCCGCCGGGAACCUGAAGUUUUGCCUUCUGAUUCUGAACCAGCCUUUCAACAAAGGUCAUUUUCAUUGUCUCUGGAGCAGAGGCAAUGGCUGGAAACCCCUCCUGGCUCAGUUUGCUCAGCAGUUCUGCUGAUCUGCACCUUCUGCCAGGUUGACAGCGCAGCUGCCCUGAGAGCUUGUGCUGAUGGAGGUGCCAAUCAUCUCUACCACAUCACAGAAGGGAGCCAGGAAAGCUUCUUGCCUGAUUACAUCAGUGGUGAUUUUGAUUCCAUUCAGCCUGAAGUCAUGGAGUACUACAAGGCCAAGGGAUGUGAGUUAAUUGAGACCAUGGACCAGGACCUCACAGAUUUCACCAAGUGCCUUCAAAUACUCCAGAAAAAGAUAGAGAAGAAGGGCCUCCAGGUCGAUGUGAUUGUGACUUUGGGUGGACUGGGAGGACGCUUUGACCAAACAAUGGCAUCGGUGGAAACACUUUUUCAUGCAACAAAUAUCACUCCUUCUCCAGUGAUAGUUAUCCAGGAGUGCUCACUGAUUUACCUGCUUCAAUCCGGCAAGCACAAGCUGCGUGUGGACACAGGACUGGAGGGCUCCUGGUGUGGCCUCAUCCCCAUCGGGAACCCCUGCGAGAGUGUGACCACGACAGGCCUUAGGUGGAACCUCACUAACCAGGUGCUGAAGUUUGGAACACUCGUCAGUACUUCCAACACCUAUGACAACUCUGGGAUUGUGACCAUCGAGACAGACAAACCUUUGCUGUGGACAAUGGCUAUCAAGAGAUGAGAUCAGCUACAGCUGCCUUUUCUGAUCUGACACAACUCAAAUUACUAUAAAAUUUCACUGAAUUAAGACAGUAAAGCUGCUGCAAGAUACAAGCAGGCACUGGUUUUCUGUAUUUAAUGAAAAACAAGUCUGAAAUAAAACUCACUUGAGAUUGAAUCAAAAUUACUUGAAGUAAUAGAGUACUUCAUUCUGGUAACUCACACUACUUAAUCAGAAGAUGCAUGAGCAGCCACUCAGUACAACCACAAACUGAAAUGAAUGUAAAGAAACUGAUGCUGUUAUCUGGUUAGUUGAGGCUACUUUUACAAAGUAUUUUAUUCCGAUACAAAACUAUUUUCCCCCUCCUGCCAAAUGGAAAUACAGUACCCAGUUGCACAUAUAUAACUGUACUACAAGGUGAUAGCACUAAAAUUAGUUAAGCUCAUUUUGCCGUCCUGCUUUGUAACAUAUGUAGAUGCUGAUGAAGAUUUCUCAAGAAUAGUAAUUACAUUUUUCUAAUUAAGAAGCAAGUUGGUCUACUGAAGAAGCUUCAAUUUUGCUGUAAUACGAGUAUCAGAUGUCCCAGUAUUGUUUUUAAAGUCUGUAAUAGAAGUACAUUAUAUCUUCUGCAAAUACCAAAAGCUUACAGUAGCAUUUUUGAAGUGAAUUAAAUGUUUCAAUCCCAGUCUGAGGAGGAAGAGCACUGCACCUACCAGUUUUUGCAGGCUUAGUUCUUAAAAUCAAAAUAUGCAGUCAUUUAAAAUAAUGGAAACUUCCAGGUCAACACACAGGGGCCUUUACGAUUUUAUAUACAGAAUAGGAUCCAAAAUGGGUGUAUAUCCUAUCCAACAGUGUGAGCAAGUUGUGGAUUUGCUGAAGGACUGCUCAGUGUCUCUGACAACUAAAUUAUCCUCAAAUGGUACAUCCCAGUAAUCAAUUAUGUUUGGAUUUUUUAAUUAUGCCAUCAGAAUAAGGACUGGCACUUCAAUUUCUUUGUUUGACAAGAGGUGUUUUUUUCCCUAUCAAGUACAUACUAUAACCUAGUAGGAGUAUGACUUCCAAAUGCAGAAAGGAAUUAGUGAUAAUUAUGACAAUUCCGGAAAUUAGUGACAAGAACUCCCAUACAUUUUUACAACACCACUUGAAAGGACAUGGAAAUGCUGUUUUCUUGCAGUCUGCUUUUGCUGGAACAAUGCUGUUCCAAAGCUUAAUUUACUGCUUUGUAAACAGCUCCUGAAAAGAGGUCAUACAGCUGUCCCCCUUGAAAGCUUUCAGUAUUUGACUGGAAAAAAUCUUAGGCAACCUCACUGGAAUUCAACACUGACCCAGCUUCAAGCAGGACAUUGGACUAGAGAUCUUCCAAGCUUCCUUCCCACCUGAAU